AUGUAUGGUGUCAGAGCUUCUCCUGGCCGAGGUCAGCCACAACUGGGCAGGCAUAACGCAAGCCAUCUCGUGGGCUAUACGCAGCACCUUCUCAAUCCGAGAGGCUUCCGCGGUCUCAGCACUAGGGGACGGCAAGGCACCAGAAUACCACAAGCACAGGGGAGGUUCCAGCCCAAGCGCAACUCACCCGAAUGGGGCGGGCCCGGGUUUACGCCCUUCACAGCGCUCGCCCCCCCUCCCCCCGCCCCCCCGCCGCUGCACCAGGUGGCGGCGGCCCGAUGCGAGCUGCGAGGGCCGCAGAGCGCUCGGCUACUGGCGCUGGCCUGGUGCGCGACCCGCGCCGGGCGCUCUUUUCGGUACUCAGCCGUGGGGAACGUCGAGUACGUGGACAGGCAGAACAUCCGGACCAUGUGUAGCGUCUGGGAGAGCGUCCGCUAUGGCGACAGCUCACUAAAGGAGGGCGCACUAAGCAUGGUGGGCGUCCCUCGGGUAGACGGUGACCCUGAGGGUUGCGCACCGCACACGCGCUUCGUUGUGCCCCGGCCAGGUGGCCGGAGUGCAGUGUCCUGGGUCGUCCCGGCGGCGCGCGGGGGCUGCAUUUUCAAGGACAAGACUACGGUGGCGGCGCGGAGGAAUGCUUCGGCAGUCGUGAUCUACAACGAGGAGCGCCACGGGAACCUCACUGCGCCCACGUCCCAUGCCGGAACAGGAAAUAUAGUGGUCAUUAUGGUUAGCUACCCAAAAGGAAAAGAGAUUUUGGAUCUAGUGCAAAAAGAAAUUCAAGUCAAGGACUUCCAGCCAAGAUGGAUACGGAAUCAAUGUUGAUGCUGAGAAUUGUGCAAUAUAUAUUGAAAAUUUUAAAGUGAAGGAUGUUAUCAGAAUUCUGCCAUGCAAAGCUUAAGGAUAUCCACUCCAGAAUUGGCCUUGGGAAGUGUUUUGGCUGCAAAUUUGAAUAUUACUGUACCAGAUGGUAACAGGAGUGAUGGGAGCAAUUCACCAUGACCUUCCAUUAAUGAAUCCAUGGCACAGUGGAUGUACAUGUUAAAGAAGAUGCAGGUGAAAACUCAGCCUUACUAGUUGGCAGGCAGCCUGUGAAGGAGGCAGUGUGUCCAUGAACUUGAAGCAUCCAACGUGGUCCCCUGCUUGCCCACAUGCUUCUUGCCAGGAAGGUCUGGAGGAGAAGCAUGGAAACAGUACCACAUCAGGUAAUUCUUUGCAUGCUGUCUUUUUAGGGAUCUUGACUAUACACAGCCUUUCCAAAAAGCUUGCUCCCUGUGGUUACUGAGGAAUGAUGACAAUAAAAGGCCGAAUUGCAGUGCUUCCAUCAGCAGUUUGCUCUCUGUGGGUGCACGAUGACAAAAUCUCCUGAAGCGAACCAUUGGUCUGACCUCAGUAAAAGGAUGGAAGUUUCAUGUUUGGGCAAGCUUUCCAAGGAACACUCCAAAUAGCUCAGAUGGUUUGAAGAUAUUAAAGCAAAAAAUUGGAACUGGAAAAUCCAGAGAAUUACAGAUUUUUUUUAAAGACAACAGUUAAACUGAACUCCUCUGAGUAUGCUUAAAAGUUGAUUGCACAAAAAGAGAAAAAAAAGAAAAACAAAUGAAAACUUGAUUGUGCUUACUUAAUCCCAGGAUUAUAGUUUCUUAUAUUUCAGAUAAAUUCCCUCUGCUUUUAAACCUAUUUAAUGAAGAACCUUUUGCUGAUAUUCUAAAUAUAAAUCUUAAAUCUGGUUUAUAUA